AUGAACGUCCAGGCCCUUCACAACUGCUUCCUGGGGACCUUACAGGCCGAUCAGGGCGUCAGACAACAGGCUGAAGAACAGCUUAAGCAGGCGGAGUCCAUCGUUGGGUUCUUAGGGGCUUGUUUAGACAUUCUGGGCUCAGACGACGUCGAACCCGUUGUCAAACAAGCAUGUUCCAUCUACUUCAAAAAUAAAAUGAUCAGGAGCUGGUCGAGUUCUGAGGGAGAUAUCGAUGAGGGGGAAAAGCCAGGUAUCAGAGACCGGAUUAUCCCUACGAUCCUCAAAUUGGAAAGGACGCUACGAAACCAGUUCAUUCCAGUCUUGAGUGUCAUGAUCUCGUACGACUAUCCCCAAAAUUGGCCUACUUUCCUAGACACCACCAAAGCGCUUUUUCUCAACACCUCAGAUAUUCAAGCCAUGUACACGGGGGUGCUCUGUUUCUCUGAGCUGACUAGAAACUAUAGAUGGAGGACAAAUGGUCACCGUCAUUUGGAACUAGACCCUGUGAUAAGAGACAACUUCCCAAGUCUGUUGCAAAUUGGAAAGCAGUUUGUUGCAAACCCUGCAGCAUUUGAAAACCACUACGAAGCAGGCGAGAUUGUAAAACUGAUCAUUAAGUGUUACAAGUUUGUGACAUAUCACGAUUUACCAGAACCUCUUCAGCAACAGGACUUCUCCCUUGAGUGGAUCACCUUCCAUGUGGACGUAAUCAACAUGAGUUUGCCUCCAACCGUCAUGGAGCUGGAAGAAGACGAUCGUUCAUUGAGUCCGUGGGUCAAAAGCCAAAAAUGGGCCUAUGCUAACCUGUACAGACUGUUUCAACGUUAUGCGUCUAAAAGUUUGUCCAGCAGAUACGAAUACACAGAGUUUAGAGAUAUGUUUGCUAACAAUGUUGUUCCUGGCCUUCUAGAAGUGUACUUUAAACGACUACAGGAAUGGAGACAUCAAAAAGUGUGGCUGAGCGAUGCCUCGCUUUAUCAGAUCAUUUCAUUCUUGGAACAGUGUGUGGUACAAAAGGGAUGUUUCCCGCUUAUUGAGCCCCACAUCAGGGAGAUCAUCUCAGAGGUGGCAUUCCCGCUACUCUGUCCAACCGAUGAAGUCCUCGACAUGUUUGAGAAUGAUCCUAGCGAGUAUAUCCAUAUGAUAUUGGACAUGUACGAAGAGACCAGCUCUCCACAAAUGGCUGUUUUAUCCCUGAUCUACACUCUUGUCGAAAAAAGAUCCAAGGUUGCUCUGGAUCCUAUUCUACAGUUUGCUUAUGAGAAACUCGCCUCCUUUGCCAAUGUGCCGGAGACUCUGGAGAUUGCCAAACAGAAAGAGUCUGCGCUGCGUAUAGUGGGCCAAAUUUCGAGCAAACUGACGGCAACAAAAUCACUGGCAGACCAGGUGGAGCCGUUUGUGGCCAGCUUUGUGCUGCCCAAUUUCCAGUCGCCGUUUGCAUUUUUGAGGGCACGUACGUGCGAUGUGUCUGCCAAGUUUGAUAGUCUCAAGUUCCAGGACGAGAACAACCUCACUGUUUUGUUCAAUGGUGUCCUUUCGUGUUUCAAGGAGGACAACAAUUUGCCUGUCCAGCUGGAGGCAGCCUUGGCUAUUCAAGCGUUCAUCUCGUUCGAACAGUUUAAGGAAGCUCUUGGUUCUAUCAUAGUGGAGACUAUGGAAAAACUGCUGGAACUGUCUAACAAAGUGGACAUUGAUGCCAUUUCUGCUGUCAUUCAGGAGUGUGUCGAGUGCUACUCUGCUCAACUGCAGCCAUUCGGUACUAAUCUCAUGGCAAGGUUGAGCGAGCAGCUGCUUCGUCUUCUCACAGAAAUCAACGAUCUAUCAAACAGCGGCCCGGACAAUCUGGACCACGAUGACCUUACAGACAAACACAUGGCAGCUUUGGGAGUCUUCAAUACAAUGGUGACUGUUCUUCUUUACUUUGAAAGCUCUCAAGACAUGAUCGCCGGUUUGGAGCAGAGCUACGCUCCAAUUAUCCAGUACACGUUCGAAAAAGAGCUGGACGAUUUUUAUGCUGAGGCCUCAGAACUUAUUGAAAACACUUUAUUCCUGACCCGCGCGGUUUCUCCAACAAUGUGGUCUUUGUUUGAGAGUAUGGUCACUGCGGUGUUGAAGAACGAUUUGGGGAUGUUUUUAGACGACAUCACUCCAGCUCUAAAGAACUACCUGGUUUACGGCGGUGCUGUGUUUAGAGGAAACAAGCAGUAUCAGGACGCCAUGGCUCAAGUUAUCUUCCAGAUUCUGGCCUCAGAGGAGCCAGACGCCAAUGAGAUCUAUGCUGCUACCGAUCUCGGGGCCACUUUUGCACUUACCCUCGACAAGGCCUCUAUUGAGCCUUAUAGUCCGCAACUGGUGCGAUCUACUCUCGGGGUGUUAUCGCACAAAGAUACUGCUCAUUCCUCCGACAGUCUGAAAAUCACAGUGCUGGGAGUGGUGGUUGCAGUGCUCGUGGUGCAUCCAAAGGCCUGUUUACAAGUUCUGAUGGAAUGCCAUGCCCUAGAGUCUUUUAUGAUGACUUGGUUCAAGCUAGCUCCCUCGAUGAAACGCGUGUUCGAUCUAAAGCUGAGCGUGUUGGGGCUUCUUUCCUUAUUAAGCGUGGAUUACGAGGCUUUGAAGCAGCUGCAGUUGGAAGAACUAGUUUCCGCUAUUGGAAGCACUCUGGCGGAUCACUUUGCGAAACUGCCGGCUGCCAUCAAUGAGUUGCAAAAAAAACGUGCCGACUUCAACGCCGAGGAAAAAUUCGGCGAAAACCAAUUUGCACAGCCGGUUUUCAGCGACGAAGCCGAGGAUGUGGACGACGACGACAUUGCCGACUACGUUCUGCAGAAUAUGGGCGGCAAUUCGGAUCUGUUGCAUGUGGACGAUGAGUACGAGGAGGAUCCGUUUUCGAACACGGUGCUAGACAACGUCAAUGUGUUCCGAGCAUUCAAAGAGAGUUUCACGCAGGUGCAAGGCGAUUCAGAGAAAUACACAAAAUUGGUUGCAAGCCUAACAAAUGAACAACAACAAACGUUGCAGAACAUAGUAAACAUUGCACAAUAG